UCUCAGGCCUUUCUAUAAUAUCUUCUCACCUAUUAUUUCUUCCAAUAGUCUUUUUGCCUUAGUCAAGUUAGGCUUGGCAUCAAAACAUGGAUGCAGGAGAACAAAAACUAAGUCUUGAAUCACCAUUGAUAUCUCAACCAAGAAUAUCAGAAUCAAGAAACGGAUUUACCAAAGAUGUGAUUAUCCAAGAAUUGAAGAAGCAGCUUAUCUUAGCAGGACCUCUUAUAUCAGUUAAUUUCUUGACUUAUCUUUUACAGGUCAUUUCAGUCAUGUUUGUUGGCCAUCUUGGAGAGCUUGCUCUUUCUAGUGCUUCAAUGGCAACUUCUUUUGCUUCAGUCACUGGCUUCAGCUUAUUGAAAGGAAUGGGAAGUGCGCUAGAAACAUUCUGCGGUCAAUCAUAUGGAGCAAAGCAACACCACAUGUUAGGAAUACACUUGCAAAGAGCAGUAAUUGUUCUUCUACUAGCAAGCAUUCCCCUUGCAGUUAUAUGGGCAAAUGCGGGUGGGAUUCUUCUCUUCUUCAAACAAGAUCCAGAAAUAUCAGCUGAGGCUGGACGUUACGCUCGUUUCAUGAUUCCUAGUAUUUUUGGUUUUGCCAUCCAAGAAUGUCUUGUCAGAUUCUUGCAAACCCAAAACAAUGUGAUUCCAAUGAUGAUUACUUCAGGAAUUACAACUUUACUUCACAUUUUCACUUGUUGGGUUUUGGUUUUUAAGUCUGGACUUGGAAAUAAAGGUGCUGCAUUGGCAAAUGUGAUCUCUUACUGGAUUAAUGCAGCGUUAUUAAUGCUUUAUGUUAAGAUAUCUCCUUCCUGCAAGAAAACGUGGACUGGUUUCUCAAAGGAGGCGUUACAUGGGAUUCCUAAUUUCCUCAAAUUAGCAGUUCCUUCAGCUGUAAUGCUAAGUUUGGAGAUUUGGUCAUUUGAAAUGAUGGUUCUAUUAUCUGGACUUCUUCCCAAUCCAAAACUUGAAACUUCUGUUCUAUCCAUCAGCCUUAACACAUGUGCUAUGAUUUAUAUGAUACCCCUUGGACUCAGUGGAGCUAUAAGUACAAGAGUAUCUAACGAACUGGGCGCUGGACAACCACAAGCAGCUCGUCUUGCAGGAUGUGUAGUGAUAUUCAUGGUUGCCACAGAAGGCAUUUUGGCAGCUUCAAUUUUGAUUCUGGGCCGUAAUGUUUGGGGAUACUUAUACAGCACAGAAACAAGAGUUGUUAAAUACGUAGGAGACUUGCUGGUAUUUAUUGCAGCAUCUCAUUUUGUUGAUGGCAUUCAAUCUGUGCUUUCAGGCAUAGCUAGAGGAUGUGGAUGGCAAAAACUUGGAGCUAUAAUAAAUCUUGGAGCUUACUAUCUUAUAGGCAUUCCUUGUUCUGUACUAUUAGCUUUUGCGUACCACUUUGGAGGAAAGGGGCUUUGGACGGGACUUAUAGUUGCAUUGAUUGUCCAAGCAAUUGGUCUAUUGGCAGUAACUUUGUGCACUGAUUGGGAUAAAGAAUCAAAGAAGGCCACUGAUAGAGUCUACAAUAGCAGCAUCAUUCGUGAAGAUCAAGAAUAUUAAUGAUCUAUUGAAAUUUCCACCACCGCCGCCGCCGCCAUCUUCUAGGAUAUUAAUAAUACUAGCUAGUAAUUAAAAACGCUAUAAUUAUUUUUUAUGAGUUUUUUUUUUUUUUGAGAAGAAUAUUUGAAUGAUUUGAAAUAUGUUGAAUUAGGGUAUUGAGUCUCAACUUCAUUAAUUACUAGGACCGGAAGCGGGACAUGUGUUCACGAAUUUAAACUACCCGUAUCCGUUUCCGUUCUAAA